AAUCAUUCAAUCCUUUUUCAUCUGUUAUUGUUCCAUUCUCUUUCUGCUGUUGAAUUUUGCAGAGAAUGGAAAAUAACGAAGUCAAAGAUGAACAACAGGAAAUCUACGAAUCCUUUAUAUGCUGCGUUUGCCUGGAUCUGUUAUACAAGCCCAUUGUGCUAUCUUGUGGCCACGUAUCAUGUUUCUGGUGUGUCCAUAAAUCAAUGAAUAGUUCGUCGGAAUCCCAUUGUCCAACUUGUAGGCAUACAUACUCUCACUUUCCAACAAUCUGUCAAAUACUUCACUUUUUGCUUCUUAAGACAUACCCUGCAGCUUAUGAAAGAAGGGAAAAUCAGACACUUGAGGAAGAAGAGAAAGAGGAUCGUUUCUCCCCUCAAUUUAUAUGUGAUCGUCCUGAGAAUUCACCUACCAGUACCACCAUAAAUCAGACGUCUAACUCAUGCGGCACAGAAUCUUUUGAAAGUAUGAAGCAAUCAGGGUCUGCAAAUCAUAAUGGCGAUGAAGGCAUCAUUUCUGAAUAUAAUUCUGAAAGGAAACAGCAAAUUAUAGGGACUCCAUCAGUUGAAGGAAAAAGAUUGCCUAAAAAUGAGCACAAUCAGCAACCAAAAAUAUUAGUUGCAGAUUUAAAGUGUCCAAUGUGCAAGCAAAUGCUCAUUCAUCCUGUUGGUCUUAAUUGUGGGCAUGUAUACUGUGAAACUUGUAUCACCGACUUACCUCAUGAGGUGCUUAUAUGUCAAGUUUGUCAAAGUCCACAUCCCGGAGGAUUUCCAAAAGUUUGUUUGGCUCUUGACCAAUUUUUAGAGGAGCAAUUUCCAGAAGAGUACAGACAGAGAAGAGAUGCAAUUCAACUUAGCCAAAUCAAAGUCCAACCUUGUUCUUUGUCCAAGGACAACGGAGAAAAGAUAGCUUUGGGGUCUAAUCCUGGAUUGUUACUUCACAGAGGAGCUGGUUGUGAUUUUUGUGGGAUGUACCCAAUAAUAGGGGACAGAUAUAGAUGUGUUGAUUGUAAAGAGAUUAUCGGCUUUGAUCUUUGUGGUGAUUGCUAUAAGAACCGUGUAAAGCGUCCAGGCCGGUUCAACCAGAAGCACACCCCUGACCACAAGUUAGAGCUUGUACGAUAUCGAAAGAUGCUAAUUAGCCGUGGACAAGAUUCUUCAGAUUUAAUGGUUAUACAGGAUGGCACUGAUUCCUCUACCGAUGAAGAAUAAAACCCGAGUGACUCCGACGCCACCAACUGAAAAAAUGAAAUCACAAAAUCCCAUUAUCUUUUGGGGGUAAAAUAUAGAUAAUGGUUAACUACAUGCCACUCUGAGGACAAGAUGCAAUGCUUCAUAUUUCAAUCCACUUAAGUUAUGAAUCCUCAAAUCCACAUGGUCAUCUGGUUUUCCUAAUUUGUCUAUAUUGGUAUUUAUUUUCUAUCACAAUGAAUCUGUUUAUUGGUUGUAGCAACUAGCAAUAUGUAACUCUUUGUAUUAGUUAGAUAUAGGCAAAUUGUGUUGACUUUGGCCUUGACAAAUGACACUGAGCAUAUACCUCUAUUGAUAAGAUAAGGUAUAUAUUUGUAAGAGUUUUCCUAAAUUUACAAAAAAAGUUAGUAUAUUAUAAAAACAUUUUGGUUAUGAUAUUAAUCAACUUAUGCUUAUGCAUGAGAAUGAA